AUGUCGUUCAAGGGUCCCGUCAUUCGUAUUUUAGAGAGAAGUGUCUGCAUUGUCUCGUGGGUCUCUUCAGAACCCUCAGAACAGAGAAAGUCUUCCAUAUUUCCUUCUUUACUUAGAGUGCUGUCAGUGUCACGACACGUGUCAGACAGACAUUGUACAGCUCUUCCCUCGUUGUCGUUAGAUGGUGUUGUCCAGAGGUCCACGCCAGACCUCUCAUCCCCUUCAACACCUCACCACUCUAAGGCAAAAGGGGAGGUGGUGGCACAAAGGCGGCUUCACGUGAACCGCCCAACCAACAGACCCGGUUCCUUUGCCAGAGUCGAAGUCGAGGGGGAACAUGCUGCUGUGUACUGGAAAACUCUGGAUUCGACAGCUGGACCCGAGUACGAAACCUCAGCAAUAAACCAUACAAAUGCCCGAGAUGUCUUCCUCAAGUUCCUUAUGGCUAUAUUAUGCUCAACCUCCCUUUGUGGUAAAAAUUCUGUAGGCCUAACCUCCCAUUGUGGUAAAAAUUCUGUUGUCUCAACCUCCCCUUGUGGUAAAAAUUCUGUAGUGUCAACCUCCCAUUGUGGUAAAAAGGAUUUGAUCUCGACCUCCCUUUGUGGUAAAAAUUCUGUAGGCUCAACCUCCCCUUGUGGUAAAAAUUCUUUACGCUCAAUCUCCCCUUACAGUAAAAAUACUGUAGGCUCAACCUCCCCUUGUGGUAAAAAUUCCCUAGUCUCAACCUCUCCUUAUGGUAAAAAUUCUGUAGUCUCAAUCUCCCCUUAUGGUAAAAAUUCUGUAGGCUCAACCUCCCUUUGUGGUAAAAAUUCUUUAGGCUCAAUCUCCCCCUAUGGUGAAAAUUCUUUAGGCUCGAACUCCCCUUGUGGUAAAAAUUCUGUAGUCUCAACCUCUCCUGGUUGUAAAAAUUCUGUAGGCUCAACCUCCCUUUGUGGUAAAAAUUCUUUAGGCACAAUCUCCCCAUAUGGUAAAAAUUCUGUAGUCUCAACUUCCCCUUGUGGUAAAAAUUCUUUAGGCUCAAUCUCCCCUUAUGCUAAAAAUUCUGUAGUUUCAACCUCCCCUUGUGGUAAAAAUUCUGUAGUCUCAACCUCCCUUUGUGGUAAAAAUUCCUUAGGCUCAUUCUCACCUUAUGGUAGAAAUUCUGUAGGCUCAAACUCCCCUUGUAGUAAAAAUUCAUUAGUGUCAACCUCCCCUUGUGGUAAAAAUUCUGUAGGCUCGACCUCCCCUUGUGUUAAAAAUUCUGUAGUCUCGACCUCCCCUUAUGGUAAAAAUUCUGCAGUCUCAACCUCUCCUUGUGGUAAAAAUUCUGUAGUGUCAACCUCUCCUUGUGGUAAAAAUUCUGUAGUGUCAACCUCUCCUUGUGGUAAAAAUUCUGUAGUCUCAACCUCUCCUUGUGGUAAAAAUUCUGUAGUGUCAACCUCUCCUUAUGGUAAAAAUUUUGUAGUAUCAACCUCCCCUUGUGGUAAAAAUUCUGUAGUGUCAACCUCUCCUUGUGGUAAAAAUUCUUUAGGCUCAACCUCCUCUUGUGGUAAAAAUUCUGUAGGCUCAACCUGCCGUUGUGGUAAAAAUUCCCUAGUCUCAACCUCUCCUUGUGGUAAAAAUUCUGUAGUCUCAAUCUCCCUUUAUGGUAAAAAUUCUGUGGUCUCAACUUUCCUUUGUGGUAAAAAUUCUAUAGGCUCAAUCUCCCCUUAUGGUGAAAAUUCUUUAGGCUCGACCUCCCCUUGUGGCUCAACCUCCCCUUAUGGUAAAAAUUCUGUAGUGUCAACCUCCCCUUGUGGUAAAAAUUCUGUAGGCUCGACCUCCCCUUGUGUUAAAAAUUCUGUAGUCUCAACCUCCCCUUAUGGUAAAAAUUCUGUAGUCUCAACCUCUCCUUGUGGUAAAAAUUCUGUGGUGUCAACCUCUCCUUGUGGUAAAAAUUCUGUAGUCUCAACCUCUCCUUGUGGUAAAAAUUCUGUAGUCUCAACCUCUCCUUGUGGUAAAAAUUCUGUAGUCUCAACCUCUCCUUGUGGUAAAAAUUCUGUAGUGUCAACCUCUCCUUAUGGUAAAAAUUUUGUAGUGUCAACCUCCCCUUGUGGUAAAAAUUCUGUAGUAUCAACCUCUCCUUGUGGCUCGACCUCCCCUUGUGGUAAAAAUUCUGUAGUCUCUACCUUCCCUUGUGGUAAAAAUUCUGUAGGCUCAACCUCAACUUGUGGUAAAAAUUCUGUAGGCUCGACCUCCCCUUGUGGUAAAAAUUCUGUAGGCUCGACCUCCCCUUGUGGUAAAAAUUCUUUAGGCUCGACCUUUCAUUGUGGCUCGAACUCCCCUUGUGGUAAAAAUUCUGUAGGCUCGACCUCCCCUUGUGGUAAAAAUUCUGUAGGCUCGACCUCCCCUUGUGGUAAAAAUUCUGUAGGCUCGACCUCCCCUUGUGGUAAUAUUUCUUUAGGCUCGACCUCUCAUUUUGGUAAAGAUUCCUUAGGCGUGACCUCCCCUUGUGGUAAAAAUUCUGUAGGCUCGACCUCCCCUUGUGGUAAAAAUUCUGUAGGCUCGACCUCCCCUUGUGGUAAAAAUUCUGUAGGCUCGACCUCCCCUUGUGGCUCGACUUCCCCUUGUGGUAAAAAUUCUGUAGGGUCAACCUCCCCUUGUGGUAAAAAUUUUGUAGGCUCGACCUCCCCUUGUGUUAAAAAUUCUGUAGUCUCGACCUCCCUUUAUGGUAAAAAUUUUGUAGUGUCAACCUCUCCUUGUGGUAAAAAUUCUGUAGUGUCAACCUCUCCUUGUGGUAAAAAUUCUGUAGUCCCAACCUCUCCUUGUGGUAAAAAUUCUGUAGUCUCAACCUCUCCUUGUGGUAAAAAUUCUGUAGUCUCAACCUCUCCUUGUGGUAAAAAUUCUGUAGUCUCAACCUCUCCUUAUGGUAAAAAUUUUGUAGUGUCAACCUCCCCUUGUGGUAAAAAUUCUGUAGUGUCAACCUCUCCUUGUGGUAAAAAUUCUUUAAGCUUAACCUCUUCUUGUGGUAAAAAUUCUGUAGUGUCAACCUCUCCUUGUGGUAAAAAUUCUGUAGUGUCAACCUCUCCUUGUGGUAAAAAUUCUGUAGGCUCAACCUCUCCUUGUGGUAAAAAUUCUGUAGACUCAACCUCCCCUUGUGGUAUAAAUUCUGUAGUGUCAACCUCUCCUUAUGGUAAAAAUUCUGUAGUAUCAACCUCUCCUUGUGGUAAAAAUUCUGUAGUCUUAACCUCUCCUUGUGGUAAAAAUUCUGUAGGCUCAACCUCUCCUUGUGGUAAAAAUUCUGUAGUGUCAACCUCUCCUUGUGGUGCGACCUCCCCUUGUAGUAAAAAUUCUGUAGGUUCAACCUCCCUUUGUGGUAAAAAUUCUUUAGGCUUUACCUCCCCUUGUGGUAAAAAUUCUGUAGGCUCGAACUCCCCUUGUGGUAAAAAUUCUGUAGGCUCGACCUCCCCUUGUGGUAAAUAUUCUGUAGGCUCGACCUCCCCUUGUGGUAAUAUUUCUUUAGGCUCGACCUCCCCUUGUGGUAAUAUUUCUUUAGGCUCGACCUCUCAUUGUGGCUCUACCUUUCAUUGUGGUGAAGAUUCUUUAGGCUCGACCUCCCCUUGUGGUAAAAAUUCUUUAGGCUCUACCUUUCAUUGUGGUAAAGAUUCUUUAGGCUCGACCUCUCCUUGUGGUAAAAAUUCUGUAGGCUCAACCUCCCAUUAUGGUAAAAUUUCUUUAGGCUCGAACUCCCCUUGUGCUAAAAAUUCUCGCUUCUUCCUCUACUCCAACUUCCUACAACCCUCUCGUUCUCCAACAGCACUCUUCUGCCUCUCACCAAGUGUGUUCUUUCUCCAACUGCUUCCCCCUCUCACCAUCCUGUUUCCGUCUCCAACAAACCUUUUCCUCCAUUCUCCUAUUUCCAUCUACAACAAACCUUUUCCUCCACCUUCCUAUUUCCUUCUCCAACAAACCUUUUCCUCCACCCUCCUAUUUCCUUCUCCAACAAACCUUUUCCUCCACCCUCCUAUUUCCUUCUCCAACAAACCUUUUCCUCCAUUCUCCUAUUUCCAUCUACAACAAACCUUUUCCUUCACCUUCCUAUUUCCAUUUCCAACAAACCUUUUCCUCCACCCUCCUAUUUCCGUCUCCAACAAACCUUUUCCUCCAUCUUCCUAUUUCCGUCUCCAACAAACCUUUUCCUCCAUCUUCCUGUUUCCGUCUCCAACAAACCUUUUCCUCCACCCUCUAUCCUUCUCCAACACUCCUUUCUCCUUCUGCACCUCCAUCCCCACCGUGUCUCCUUCUUCAACGCCCACCCUUCCCACCUCCCUCCUUCCCCCUCUCCUCCUUCCCCCUCACUCGUCCCCUUGCCCUCUUGCCUCACCUCUACCUUUUCCCCCUUCUGUCAUCUUUCCUCUCUGCUUUCACUUCACUCAUCCCUCAUUCCUACCUCCCUACUCCCCUUCUGCACUCCUCCUUACUUUCCUUUCUGUUCCCCCUCCCUACUCUCCUCCCCUUCCUCUUCUCAUCCUGGCACUCAUCCCCGUCUGUCGCAGCUUCAGCCCCCUCCUCAUCGCCUCAUUGAGUCCUGAGCAAAUGAAUGAGAAGAAGAGGAAGAGAAGAAGAAGAAGAAGAAGGUCUAGUCCUGGAGUUGUAGGAAGGGUUGACAGGAAGAAGAGUAGGAAGUGA